AUGCCCCAGAACGAUGACGAGGGUACGCGAGGGCGAGACGACCGGAUAGAGCGUCUCUGGAGCUCGCUUGAUACGCGGGGAGAAGGGCAGAUCGAUUUCAAGGGGUUCAAAAAGGGGCUGAGGAAGAUUGAUCACCCAUUGAAAAACGCCGACGACCUGCUACAUGACAUUCUCAAGGCGAUAGAUACAAGCCAGGAUGGCCGAAUACAGUAUACUGAGUUCCGCUUCUUCGUACAACAGGCAGAGAAACAGCUCUGGCAGCUCUUCCAAGCUAUCGACCACGAUAAAAACGGCCAUCUCGACAAGCAGGAGCUCAAAGAUGCCUUUACCAACGCUGGCUUGACCGUACCGAAUUCCAAACUAGACCAGUUCUUUGCCGAUGUAGAUACAAACAGAGAUGGAGUCAUCACCUUCGACGAGUGGAGAGACUUUCUGCUCUUUCUGCCCGACACCCAUAACCUCCGUUCCGUCAUAUCAUACUACUCCGCAACCGGCACACUCAACCCCGAAGGAGAUGUGCACAUUAACAAGACGCUGCAAGGAUCAGAUCAGGGAUCAGAAGUGGAACUAGAGUUCAUCACCGUCCCUUCUCUCGUCAGAUUAUGGCUGUCAUACCGCUACCUAGAAGAAGUAUUGACCGAAACCACCCCCCAUGUAGGCUACUUCCUUGCCGGCGGGAUGGCCGGUGUUGUCUCCCGAACCGCUACCGCGCCUUUUGAUCGGUUGAAGGUCUACCUCAUCGCUCAGACGCAUACGAACAGCGCGAAGAGUGCAGCCAUCAACGCAGUCAAGGCCGGUGCGCCGGUUAAGGCCGUGGGGUGGAUGUCUUGGCCUAUCGUCGAGGCCACAAAGGAGCUAUGGCGUGCAGGAGGCAUCAGGAGUUUAUUCGCAGGAAAUGGCCUGAAUGUGGUCAAGGUCAUGCCUGAGUCUGCCAUCAAGUUCGGUGCAUACGAAGCUUCAAAACGCUUUUUCGCCAGUCUCGAAGGUCAUGGUGACACCAAGAAUCUGCUCCCCAUCUCACAAUUCCUAUCUGGUGGCAUUGGUGGCAUGAUUUCCCAAUGCUGCGUCUAUCCCCUUGAUACCCUAAAAUUUCGCAUGCAGUGCGAGAUCGUCCAGGGUGGCCUCCAUGGCAACCAACUUAUAUACUCCACCGCAUCUAAAAUGUGGCAAACAAACGGCAUAGCAGGCUACUUCCGUGGUCUUCCCCUCGGCUUACUGGGGAUGUUCCCAUUCGCCGCGAUCGACCUUAUGACUUUCGAAUACCUAAAAUCAACCUUAGUAGCUCGCAGUGCUCGACUAGCUCACCGUCACGAAUCAGAUGUCCAGCUGAGCAACUUCUCGACAGGAGCUAUCGGUGCCUUCAGCGGUGCAUUAAGCGCAUCCAUUGUAUAUCCACUUAAUGUGCUGCGUACUCGGCUUCAGGCACAGGGCACGGUGCUGCACAAACCCACCUAUACCGGAAUUGUGGAUGUGACAGUACGAACGGUGCGGAGCGAAGGUGUCUAUGGCCUCUUCAGAGGCUUGACGCCAAACUUGCUAAAGGUCGUUCCCUCCGUAUCGAUCAGUUAUAUCGUCUACGAAAAUUCAAAACGGUUAUUCGGCCUAUCUUAA